CGCGCUGCUUCUGUUUACUUCGCUUUCCUAGCGCGUGCAGUAGAAUAACGAGGACAAUGCUGCGGUCGGUGGUGUGCGCGUGCCUGCUGCUCUUCCUCGAGACCCGGAGCUCGUCUGACGCGCGACCGGCCGGCUGUCCCGAGCGCUGCGACAAGUCCCUGUGCCCGCCGGUGCCCGCUGAGUGCCUGGCCGGGGACGCCCUGGACCGCUGCGACUGCUGCCCCGUGUGCGUGUCGGGCGAAGGCGUGCAGUGCGUCACGGACGCGGACUGCACCGAGGGACUGCGCUGCUCCGUGCAGGGCGGGGUGGGCUACAGCGCAACGGUGCGAAGGCGCGCCAAGAGCGGCGUGUGCACGUGCGAAAGCAGCCAGCCGGUGUGCGGCAGCGACGGAGUGACCUACCGCAACGCGUGCGACCUGCGCGGGACCAGCGGGCGCGCGCAACGACUGUCCCAGCCUCCGGUCAUCGUGGUGCAGAGGGGCGCGUGCGGUAAAGGACAGAGCGAGAAUCCCGACAGCCUGCGCCACAAGUACAACUUUAUUGCAGAUGUGGUGGAGAAGAUCGCUCCAGCUGUGGUUCACAUCGAGCUCUUCCGCAAGAUGGCUUUCACCAAGCGGGAGAUGGCUGUGGCCAGCGGCUCGGGCUUCAUCGUGUCCGAGGACGGAAUGAUCGUCACCAACGCUCACGUGGUGGCCAACAAGCACCGGGUCAAAGUGGAGCUGAAGACGGGGGCCACGUUCGACGCUAAAAUCGAAGACGUGGACGAGAAGGCCGACAUCGCCCUCAUCAGGAUCGACACUCCGAUGAAGCUCCCGGUGCUGCUGCUGGGCAGCUCGUCUGAUCUGAGACCUGGCGAGUUUGUGGUGGCCAUCGGUAGUCCUUUCUCUCUCCAGAACACGGUGACUACGGGCAUCGUCAGCACCACCCAGCGUGGAGGCAAGGAGCUCGGCCUGAGGAACUCAGACAUGGACUAUAUCCAGACUGACGCUAUCAUUAAUUAUGGAAAUUCAGGAGGACCUCUGGUGAACCUGGACGGAGAGGUAAUAGGAAUUAAUACUCUAAAGGUGACGGCUGGGAUUUCUUUCGCCAUUCCAUCUGACAAGAUCCGCCAAUUCCUCACGGAGUCUCGUGAUAGACAAGCCAAAGGAAAAGUUGUUACAAAGAAGAAGUAUAUUGGUGUGAGAAUGAUGAGUCUUACCCCAACCCUUGCUAAGGAGUUGAAGGAAAGGACGUCAGAUUUUCCGGAUGUGACCUCAGGAGCGUAUGUCAUCGAGGUCAUUUCCAAAACUCCAGCAGAAGUCGGAGGUCUGAAGGAGAGCGACGUCAUCAUCAGCAUCAACGGCCAGCAGAUCACCUCGGCCAGCGACGUCAGCACGGCCAUCAAAAAAGACGACAAGCUUCGCAUGGUGGUGCGGCGAGGAAACGAGGACGUCAUCCUCACCGUCGUCCCCGAAGAGGUCGACCCUUGACACCUUGACGCUUCGGCGCCCCCCACCCCCCAGCGUCCCUCCGACCUCCUGCUCUAGCACGAGCUGGUUCUCAGUGAUCGCCUGAAAGAGCACGGACUUGAACGACGUGAGUGUGGGACCACACUCGGUUUUAGCAAAUAUUCUCUGUUUUAACGCUUCUUCUUCUGGUCUGUUUGUGGCAGAAAAAAAAUGGAAACGCUCGUUUCUACACCGGAACACAUUCACCUCUGGGUUUUGUACUGUUUUAUGAGUUCGUACUGCCGAAUUAUUUUCUUUAUUGUUUUUUUAUGGUUUGAAUCUGUACUCGAGUCAUAGCAGGAUCAGGUUGGGGAAGUGCCAUCAGACGUUUAUAUCCCAUAUAUCUCUGAAACUGGGCACAAUCUGGAUAUAAAUAUUCUGCUUUUAUUAAUAUCUGAAUGUCUUGAAACCAAACGUUGGAAUGUGCCCUUCUGUGACGUUCUGUAAUGCUAUUAUAGUCUUUCGAGUUUUAGGCAAAAUGCACAUCAUUAAUAUUGACGGAUAUGAAUUAAUAUUAAUCAAUACUUGCCGUAAGUAUUAAUAGCACUGAAUAAACCUCAUAUCACUCCUGAUAGGAUGACAAACAAGCUGGAAAUAUUCAAAUAAAGCUCUGCUACCCAA